AUGACCACACCAGCCGACGCCUGCCGCGCCGCCGCGGUGUGCACCGCCUUCCGGUCUGUGGCGGAUUCCGACACUGUAUGGGAGAAGUUCCUACCAUCGGACUGCGACGCCAUCCUCGAGCGGGCUGUCCAUCUUGUGGAUUUCUCCUCCAAGAAAGAGCUAUUCUUGGACCUCGCCCAAGAACACAUCCUCCUCGAUGAUGGCAAAAUGAGUUUUGGGCUCCAGCGAAGCUAUGGCGCAAAAUGCUACAUGAUGUCUGGAAGCCAACUACUGGAUAUCGCUUGGAUCUGUGAAAAUAUUUACUGGACAAAGAGGUCGGACCCGGAUUCAAGGUUCUCCAAGGUGGCAGAGCUUCUGUCAGUCUGCUGGUUUUGCAUCAACGGCAGCAUCAACAGCAGGGAGCUCUCUCCCAGCACCCACUACGCUGGCUACCUUGUCUUCAAGCUCACCCAGGACGCCUCCGGCCUCAGCUCCCCACGCCAGAUAUCGUUCGUCGAGGUAGGCAGGCAGCUGGUGGGGAGUGCCUGCACAGUGUCUCUCCAUCCUUGCAAGCAUGCUUCCUGCAGCCUCAGUGAUGGUGGUGAAACGUCGGAGCCGCACGAGCACAAGGAGGAAGGGGGCGUCAUGGUCAGGUACCCGCGGCAUAGGGUCGACGAUUGGCUGGAGCUAGAGAUGGGCGACUUCCACACAGACACAAGUUAUGAUGCUGAGGAUGUUAAAAUGGAACAACACGAGUUUGAGGAGCUGGAGUGGAAAAGGGGGCUCAUAAUUGAAGGCAUUGAAUAA